GAUGUUUCCAGGUGUACAAUCAACUGUAAUGAUUUAACGUUGAUUUAACUAGAACAGAAUGAAUUCUGGAGUACGGCCAUUAAUUUUAUGCGGCAGUGGGUGAAUUUGUUGAUUCAUCAUGUUGGAGCAGGCUGCUAGAAGGGACUUCCUUGCGGUGGACAUAGAGGGGCAAGGCAUACCCGGCUACAACAACAACAAGGGUCGCAGACGCCAGUCAUGUUGGAGAGUAUGGAACAGACUGUCUCGUCUACAGAAGAAUAUAAUCUGUGUGGUGUUUGUACUGUGUGCUGUGUCUGGCAUGUUCAUUAUACCGUCGCUGUAUGGAGAUUUCAUGAGGGGACAAGAUGUUGACGAUCUGCUGAAAAGUCGUGAUAUACGCCAUCCCCGCGGCACAACCCUGUGGCAAACAUGCCUCAACCGUGUCAACAGCUGCUUGUACACACACAUGCAGGCCCUCAGCAAGCAAUAUGACUUUAUAAUAGUGGUGAUGUUGCAACAUCUUACUUCAACAGGCCCCACCUCCCAGGGAUGCAGACGAAGGCGUGUUAGAGCUGGACAAGCAGGUGGCCCCCACCCAUGGAGGCUGAGGGGCCUGAGGACAAGGGAUGAGGGGGUUGGGGCAGCAGAUGGACAGAACAAGAACUCCCAGGAGAAGUUGUCGUUUGAAAAGCAAGAAAAUGAGGAGCCAUUAGAGCCUUUAGAUCAUGACCCUUUCCAAGGCCCUCAGAACCAUCGACAGAGAGCUGUGGUGGCUGCCUUCAAACACGCGUGGGGGGCAUACAAGAAAUACGCCUGGGGUCACGAUGAGUUUAAGCCAAUCACUAAGAAGUACUCAGAGUGGUUCAAUGUUGGUUUGACCCUGAUAGUCCUGGACACCAUGUAUAUUAUGGGGCUUAAAAAAAGGGAGAGACGCAAGCUGCAAUUUAAGGAGGCUCGCGAUUGGGUGGCUACAGAUUUGACCUUUGACCAGAGCAGAGAUGUGAAUCUGUUUGAGAUCACCAUCCGUGUGUUGGGGGGCCUGCUCAGUGCCUAUCAUCUCUCCAAGGACAUAGUAUUCAAACAGAAAGCUGUUGACCUUGGGGAGAGGUUACUGCCUUGCUUUGGUUCGGGGACUGGGGUUCCAUUCUCGGACGUGAACCUGAGGACACACAAGGCCCAUGCCCCCCGCUGGGGUCCAGACAGCAGCACCUCAGAGAUCACCACUAUACAGCUUGAGUUCAGGGAUCUGAGCUAUGUGACAGGGGACAAGCGCUAUGUGGAAACUGCCCACAAGGUAUCAGAACAUGUUCACAGUCUACCUAAGAAGGAUGGACUGGUGCCAAUUUUCAUAAACGCUCAGACAGGUCAAUUCCGGUCUACGGCCACCAUUACCCUGGGGGCCAGGGGGGACAGCUACUACGAGUACCUCAUCAAGCAGUGGCUACAGACUGGCAAAACAUUGACCAUGUUUAAGGAUGACUAUGUGGCAGCAGUGGAAGGCAUCAAGAAACACCUGGUGAAAGACUCCGAGCCCAGCAAGCUGAGGUUUGUCGGUGAGCUGCUCAGUGGAAGGACAUUCAGUCCAAAAAUGGAUCACCUGGUGUGUUACCUGCCAGGUGCCCUGGCUUUGGGCAGUGUGAAUGGCCUGGGGGCAGACCACAUGGACAUUGCCAAAAAGCUGAUGAGGACGUGUUAUGAGAUGUACCACAGAAUGCCCACAAAGCUCAGCCCUGAGAUUGUCUACUUUAACCUGGCCGAGGGCUCUGACAAAGAGGAUCUCAUUGUUAAGCCGGCUGAUGCUCACAACCUUCUGCGUCCAGAGACUGUGGAGAGUCUAGUGUACCUGUACCGUCUCACUGGUAAUGACAUGUACAGACAGUGGGGCUGGGAGAUUUUCCAGGCCUUUGAGAAACACACCAAACUGGAGGAGGGCUACUCUUCAAUCAACAACGUGAAAAACCCUGAAAACCCUGUGUUCAGGGACAAACUGGAGAGCUUUUUCCUUGGGGAGACGCUCAAGUACUUUUACCUGUUGUUCAGCGACGACAAAGACUUGUUACCUUUUGAUAAGUACGUGUUCAACAGCGAAGCUCACCCAUUGCCUAUCCACAGUUCCUGAUAGAUGCCUUGUUAGCAUUUCACCAAUAGAGAUGAUGGCUAGCAGUACAUGCUAGGCUAACAGUAGGUGUGUUUUCUACAGGAAACAGGAGAGGGUGUCAGUAGCUUGCUAGUGAGUUGCUUUUAGUGCAACUGUGGAAUGGUUAUGGAACAGUGAACGGAUGUUCAGUUGCCUGAGCACUCUGCUAAUGGAUCACAGCUACAUGCGUAUACCAGUCUCAGCAGAUACAGUUUGAAUGGCUGUGGAAUGGUAAAGGCCAACUGUAAGCAUGCUAAUGGUCCACUGGUAGUCUGCAGUGGAGAACUUCAAUCCUGGUAGGCAAAGGUAGCCUACUUAGGGUUUAAGCAUUUCAGUAUCUCACGGCCCAUGCUUUGAAAAUGAUGAUGUGCCCAUUGUGGAUAUGAACAGUGCUUUAACCUUAGGGUGGCCGUGGUUUUGGAAGGUAAAGCCUUUUAGGUCAGAUUUCGUUUCAUUCUGUGAAAAAGAGUGCUGGCUCUUUUACCCAUGAUGUAUUAGGCUUUUCUGGUUAUGGAAGCCGAUAACCACAGAACGUCGCUUCUGAAAGCAGCACAAAACACUUGUAAAGAGGAAGACGCGGCAUGGUUCUGAACAUGAAGAAUGUUCAACCACCCCUUUCUUUUAACUGCACUUCUUUGCAUCUGGUUCCUGGUGAAAAUUCUAGACUGACUGCAAGUGACACGAUAUGAGCAUGCAAUGCAUUAUGGGAAGUGAAUGGUGGGAUAAGAGUGAACGUUCACAUUUGAA